AAGUCUGGAACCCGUUUGAACGGAAUUAUCAAAACGGAAAGGAAUAUUCCGUUUGAAUGGCUCUGGAACAGUUAGGAUUAGGAGUGAGCGCCGUUGACGGUGGAGAGAACAGUAGCGCGCCGUCAAAUGACGGUGGAGAUGACGGCGUUAAGGCGGCGAGACUUCCUCGUUGGACGAGACAAGAGAUUCUGGUGCUGAUUCAAGGGAAGAGAGUGGCGGAGAACAGAGUCCGGCGAGGGAGAGCGGCGGGUAUGGCUCUCGGGUCGGGUCAAAUGGAGCCUAAAUGGGCUUCGGUAUCAUCUUACUGUAGACGUCACGGUGUAAAUCGUGGGCCGGUUCAGUGCCGGAAAAGAUGGAGCAAUCUCGCCGGAGAUUAUAAGAAGAUUAAAGAAUGGGAGUCUCAGAUUAAGGAAGAGACUGAGUCUUAUUGGGUGAUGAGGAAUGAUGUUCGUCGGGAGAAGAAGCUUCCUGGUUUUUUCGAUAAGGAGGUUUAUGAUAUUGUUGACGGCGGUGUGAUUCCUCCGGCGGUUCCGGUUCUUUCGCUUGGAUUGGCUCCGGCGUCGGAGGAAGGGUUGUUGUCUGAUUUAGAUCGGAGAGAAUCUGUGAGAAGUCCUGAGAAGUUGAAUUCUACUCCGGUGACCAAAUCAGUUACUGAUGUUAUAGACAAAGAGAAGCAAGAAGCUUGUGGAGCAGAUCAAGGUAGAGUGAAAGAGAAACAUCCGGAAGCAGCAAACGUGGAAGGUGGAUCGACAUCACAAGAAGAGAGAAAGCGUAAACGGACAUCUUUUGGUGAGAAAGAAGAAGAAGAAGAAGGAGAAACAAAGAACAUGCAGAGUCAGUUGAUAGAGAUACUAGAAAGAAACGGGCAGUUGUUGGCGGCACAGCUUGAGGUUCAGAAUUUAAACUUAAAACUAGACAGAGAGCAAAGAAAAGAUCACGGUGAUAGCUUAGUCGCUGUUCUCAACAAGCUCGCAGAUGCUGUGGCAAAAAUCGCGGAUAAGAUGUAGAUAUAGUCAAGUUAGUUGUAUAUCGCUUCCACAUUUCUUCUCAUUCUUCUUCUUCUUCUUCUUCCUUUUUGUUUCAUUUAGCACCAUUGUUGAUUGAAUAUUGAUGCCACCACAAGCGGCUCUUAUACACAUCUUAUAUAAACAUUGAGAUUUAUA